AUGGCACAAGGCGAAUGCCACUGCUCGUGGUCGUCGUUCAUGAAGCUUGUCGGAUUCUUUGUGCUGUUUUUCGGUUGCACGGCAGCGGUACUAUUUCUUAUUCUGUGGCCAAUGGUGUCGUCACGAGGCCCCGAGUACACCGUGGCCAUCACCAGCGUCGACGGCCUGGACCCGGCCCGGGAUCUCCACGGCGACCGGCCGGCGCUCAGCCCGGUGUUCGGCAUCACCGUGCACGUCGACAACACCCGCGAGAAGGUCCUCCGGGCGUGCGUCGGCGUGGACUCCUUCGCGGUCGUGUCGUACGGGGACGUGCUGCUCGGCAGGGGCAGCGUGCCGUCGUUCUGCGCCGAGAAAUUAGGGGUGUGCGAGGUCGCCGCCACGGCGUGGGGCAUGGACGUGCACCUGCCUCACUUCCUGCGGGACCGGCUGGCCGGCGAGCUGGAGAGGGGCCAGGUGGUGGUGGACGUGACGGUGAGGAGCCCCGGGGGCGACGGGUGUUACAUCAACGGAUGCCUGGACAAGGUGAUUAUCUGCAAGGCCAAGAUCGGAGGGGGUCCAUCCCGGUGUUUUGUUACGGAGACUGCCAGCGGCACUACUACGAAGGGAUAG